AUUAUCACUUUUCCACCCAGAGCACGCACACAACCACCCACUCGGCCGAUUCCUUUCCACAGGGCGUCAAUAGUUUCAGCUAGUUAGUUAGUUAGUGGCAGCUCUGAGUAGGUACUUACGGGGCCCGCAUCAUAUGGCCACACUUGAGUGAAUCCGUGCACACACGGACCCCAGGCCCGAUCAAGUCUAUAUAUAAAAGCUAGUGGCCUUGGUCGGUAUCCUACCAGUCCGUUUCGAUCCGGUCGGUAAUCCGGUUGGGCGUUGUUACACAGCAGCAGCCCCUCGAUAGUACCAAAAUGACGAUGAAUUACGGUUCCGCCGUACGCGUGGUGCUAUUGAUAGGCCUAAUUUCCUUGGUGUGUGGAGCAAAACCCGAAAGCAGUAAAAGUAGCAACAGUGGUGGCAGUAGCAGCAGCAGCCACCAUAAGCAUAGACCCAAAAGGUAUGAUGAGGACGGGCCUUCAGAACAGGUUUACUAUGUUGACCAAAUAGCAUCUGAUUCUGAGAUAUCUCCCUGGACGUCGAAUCGCAUAAUCGCCAAAACCACCGAAAAUGGUAAACAAUCCCAGUACAUUAUCAACAUCUCACCAGAAGAUGAAGUUAUCAUCCACGAAGGGGGCGCAUCUGAUCGUAACUCCGUCCAGGAGCCGGAUCAGGAACAAUCCCCGCAGGACUUCGUCCAACAAGCGCUGCGUAUGCGCGAGCAGUACAAGAAGGGAUCGGGUGCGAGAGCUUCCACCCCGCUUCCGGCCAGCUCAUUUGUCGAGUACACGACGGUUAAAAACGAUCACUAUGGACCAAGUAAGUCGCCUCCAGCAGCUGCACCAGCUUACCAUAGCAAACCUGUUCCGCCGAAGCCUCAUCAUCCCGCACCACCACAGUCGGCAGCACUAUCGGGUCACCAAGCACCACAGGUCAUCUACCGACCGAAACACAUCAAGCCGAAACCCACCAAGAUUCCAGUGAACACGGUAACGCCAUUCAGUGACAUUGAGCUACCAGAGGCCGAAGCCACCAGUCCCUACCGGAAGGACAAACUCAAGGACCAACCCAAAUCUACAAAACACAACCCAAUCAAACAACAGGACACGGAAGCAUCUACGCUCUACAUCCAGAAAGUGAAACCAAUAGAUUCUGUAUACACCAGUUAUAACACACACCACGAUACUGGCAGCAGCUUCAAAGAGUUCCAGCAGUUGCCCCUCACCGAUUCCCACGGCUCAAGUUCUAUUUUAAGCGUACAGAAGGUCAAGCCUCCAGGCAACCAUAGAUCCCCUUUCCAUCACGAAGAAACCAACGUUUACCACGAGAAAAAGCACAAACACAAGCACAUAUCAUCCGAAGAAAUUCGCUACAAACCAAAACAUAAGACGCACACUCAUCAUCAUCAUCAGAUUGAACAGGCAGCUGAAUUCUAUCCGGAGAAGAUUCGGCACACUGUCGAACGACAGCCAGCCAAGCUGCAUCAGGAAUCGUCUGCAGAUCCAUUCGAUAAAUACUAUCUACCGAAAGCAACGGUCAAAGAAAUAAAACUCGAACCUGAACCAGCUCCAUCCGUUGAGUCAUACAGAUAUCAACCACCAAAGAGCUAUCCUCCGGAGGAAGCCAGCAAGUUCAAGUUCACAAGUCCCAGCACUCCUGAGCCAUACAAACCAUAUCAUCACAUCAAAACAUUCACAGAAGAAAAACGCGUUAUCAAGGAAGAACCUUUCCGACAUCAACCAUCACCAAGACCACACCACUUUGAUUUUCCAAGUCCUUCGCAAAAACCUCACCAUGCUGAAAGGCCGAGUUCAAAGCCAAAAUACAGUGAGUAUGUUUCGAAAGAUGACAACUAUCCUCAAUCGUUCCUAAACGCUCACCAAGCAGAGGUCCAUGAGCCUUAUAAACCAACUUGGCCUAAGCCAGAAGAGUUGCCGGAUAAACAUCCAGAAGUUGUUAAAAUUGGACCUACACUACCGCCGAAAUAUUAUGAAGAACCUUCUCCAGCACCAAGCUACGCUAAGGUCACGACCUAUCCCACCCAAUCUUCAUCUAAUUCACAACAAGUCUACCACCGUGUCAAAGCCCCACAGCCGGGCGAUCCUUACAAAUUCAAACCUAGUCCUACCCCAGAAAUAUCCACUGCCAGCCAUGGCUUCCAGAAGCCCAGUUCUUCAACCUUCCCCAAGUACAUCCCAACCAAAAUGCCAGAGCUAGAAGACCCCAAAACCAGCAUCAAACACUCCUACCCAUCGCCAGAACCCCUGCCGAACUACAUCCCAUCAUCGACUCCAGGAUCUUUCAGUGCUUCACCCGAAUACCCGAAGGUAUUCUCACUAGCUCCCACCACCUACACACCGAAAUACGUCAUGUCCUCCACUCCCGAAACCUUCGAUUUCCCACACAUGAGUGAAGCGCCCAAAUCCUUUUCCAAAUACAGUGAACCAACCCCAUCCACGAAGGUCUACGGCACCAUCGUCCCCUCCGAGCAACCUUUCAAAACCCUUAGCACCAAAAUCAUCAUGAAACCAGCACCAACAGAGUUCUCAUUCCCUGAACAACUAGAAACUUCUAUGAAACCCCUGCAGAACCGUACCACCUCCGUCGAGUUCUCGCCUUCUCCCACCGAAGACCCACAAACCGAGUACUACACAAACCCGGAACACACCACGUACUACGUAUUCGCGAACGGAACCGAAAUUAAACUAGGCAGUGAUCCGUCCAAAAUUCCUCCAGAACUCCGUGUGUCCCCGGGAGAUGCGUCGUUCUUUAGUUCCAACUACUCCACCAAGUUGGCCGAAGACUACGCCAUGAAGUUCAACUGGGACUCCAUACCGUCAGCCUCGAAGGAUUCCGAUUUCUUUGUCAGUCCGGAAACAGCCGUCAGAGAAGGCAAAAUGAAGCUCCACAAACCGAAGUCACCCUUGAAGUUCUCCAAGCAGUUGAAACCAAUCAAGACGAUAACGGUCUACAGGAACACUCAUCGGUCAGCAGACGAUACUGAAAUGGAAGGCGGUUUCGAACCCUCGGAUCACUACUUCAAACAAGGGGCAGACGUUCCGCAAAUCAGCGACAAGCGUGGCGAGGUGGCAGACGAUGACGAAGAUUUUUUCUUUGCCAACGGAGAAGUGAUUCUCGAAGAUGAUCCCAGCAAGGCCUCGAAGAAGAAUUCAUUCUUCCUUCCGCCAGGGCUAAAUCAAGCUCAAAUGAUGCUGAAGAUUGCACAACAAACGCACCAGCAGCAGCAACAGCAGCUACAACAACAACAGCAACAGGUCUUGCUUCAACAACAACUUCAGCAGCAACAGUUGCAACAGCAACAACUCCACCCGCAACAGUUGCAACAGCAACAACUUCACCCGCAGCAACAUCAAAAGCAGCCUCAACAACAACCGCUGCAACAACCCCAUCCGCCGACACAAAAUUCAAUUCAAGAUCAACAAGUGCCAGACAUGGACAUGAGUGCUGAACCAUCGAAGAAGCAUCAGUACUUUGUGCUGUAUCACAUUGAGGACAAUAAAAAGAAACCGCGACCAACGCCACCAACGACCACCCAAGCGCCAACUCCUCCACCAAUCAAACAGGAGAUUCACUACCACUACAGUGAAAAGGAAAAUGAAGAUCCGGAGGUAACCCAUGAACAUUUCAACUACCAUCACGAGGAAACUAUUGAAGACUUGGAUGACGAUGUUCAGCACCACUACAUCAACCCGAAUGCUGGAAAGUUCAACUACCGGCCGAACAUAGCGCAUCCGUCUUACAAAUACAGAGACAAUGCCAUAGCAGGAAGUGAGACCUCCGUAAGAGUGGUGGAUCCUGACUUUAAGCACAAUCGCCCUAUGGAGAUCACAAGGCAGGAAUACAUGCGACACGUACAGAAUGCCGUGAUGAAGUACAUGAAGCAGUUGCAGGAUGAGGGACGCUUGCCGGUGGUUGGUCAAGAUGCUGAUGAUACUCAAAAGACUUUCGAAGAAAUAGAUAUCGAAGCGCUGUUACAUGGAAACAAUCCAAAGCACAAGUUCCAGCUGAAUCAGAAUCCAGUGAAACCCUCCAAUCUCCCGAUGAACCCAAGCCAGUACAAACCGAUGAAAACGGUCCCAAGUUCAAGCUCGUACAAGACUCUGGCCAACUUGAAGAUCCCAAAGAACACGUAUCCAGCGGGGAAGCCACUGAAAUCGGCAAUCGAGACUAUUCAGGAGCAACUUGGCAACAGUGUGGAUUUGACGGUGAAAGGAACGAAAGCCCCCUUCAAACCGGAUCUUUCCGCGAUCGAUGUCGGUCAGUCGUAUCUGCACGGACCGAGCUACGACCCGCCAAUCCCAGUCAAAACCGUUCCGUCAAAUUUCGACAGCCCGGCCGUGGUGAAGAUUCCGGCUCAGAAGACCAAGUUGCACUUCAACCAACAGACGUACCACGACAUCAACUCGCUGACAAAUUUGAAAGAAACCCAAAACCUGAAGGCCUCCUCGCCGUACUCGUCGAUCAAGGGUGGUUCCGCCAACGUGGGUGCCUCGAUCAGUUUCGGUGGUGCCAACAAGGUAAGCACAACACACGCCGAAGACAUCAAGCUCGGACCGGAAGCCCUGGACGCGCCCAUCCAGAUCAUCAACGGCAUCCCGGUGACGAACCCCUACAACAUCGAUAUGAAUACGCUGAGGUACAUGCUGGGAGGAUUGGCCCAAGCUCAAGCCGAACAGAACCAGCAAUCGAUCAAGCAGCAAGAGCCAACCCUCAAGCUGAAAGGAUCCAACUGGAUGUCCCUUCCGACGAUGGCCAGUCCGGCACAGAUCUUCAACCCCAACAUGCAGACCUUCCAUCACGGACCAUCCGAAGCAACUAACUUCAAGUACAACUCAAACUUCGACAGCAACAACUUCAAGAUCAAGAUGCCUCAGAAGGUGAAGGACUUCUCCAAAGCCAAGCCAGUGGGCAUCGACUCGAUCGGUAGCACCUCCAUGAACUACGCCUCUUGGGGUGAAGCUCCGCGUCAGAAUCGCCAGCUUGCCCAUCUCCAACAGCAACAGCAGCAGCAACAACAUCAUCAUCAUCACCCGCAGCAGCAUCAGCAACAACUGGGACGACCCAACCGGGAGUUCAACCCGGAAGUGUUCCUGAAUCCCCACGGUCAGUACAUGGGUCCCGUUAUGAAGAAGAAGAAUGGACCGGUCGAUCGCCAAAGCGCACCCAGCAAAGCCCCAGUGCCACCAGCGACCAAAGCUAAGAAGACCAGUUUGGACACGAACCUGAGGCCUCCACCGCCCAGAUAGGGCAACAGGUCGAUCCACUUGGGAGGGAGGUUGUAGAAAUUUCAACGGCAGUUCUGAAGGUGAGCGGAACUGAUGGGUGUGCGAUAGUGCGUAGCGUUGGAUCGCAUUCGUAGGUGAUCCUUAACUUGUAGAUAGGAUAGCUAGGAUUAUGAAUUUAGAGUGGUGGCUAGUUAAUUGAAGAUGUCACAUCAAGAAGAUGAGCAAAUAUUCGUUCACGCUUUGUUGUAGUCAGGUUUUUACGCUGGUCUACUUGAUAUGAGGUUUUCAGUGUUGAGCUGCCUUCGUUAAAUCAAAGCUCAAAAACCACCGGUUUAGAGAUUAUCUAAAACCUUAAUUGUAAACGUAAGACUUAUUCGAGCCUUCUAUCUCGUUCUGGAAAAACAAAUUUUAGCUGUUAUUUAUUGAACCAUAACUAAUAAUUUAUUGAAGAUCUUUUAAUCAACUGUAGUAUAGUGAUAGGAACAAACACACACAUAAAUACGCCGCUUUGGACUACACGAACAGAUUCUAGCGAAAAUAAACAGACUUCCCAAGUAUUACGAAAGCGACAUCUACCCGUCUUUUUUGGGCCAGCUAAUGCGUACCGAAGAAAUCCGUGCACUGGUAAGUACCUAACCUUCUAUGACCUAUGUAUAAUAUAUAUAUAUAAUAUAUAUGUAUAAUAUAUUGUAUAUCGAACACACAGAAAAAUGACGCCUUUUUAAAGCAAUAAAACGUAUGGUUGAUUUUCAAACAGAGAAUUUACUCACUUCUUUGUUCUUACUUUGAGUUUAUAGAUAAAAACAACCAAUUACCAUCAUUCCAUAUAACGUUAGAAAUUUUAUUUGUUUUUGGCCCGGAAGCACUCAAAAUUCUUUUAAAAAAAACUUAUUCUAACUUUGCCACAACGAGGAAAUCCAGCAAAUCCAUCACCGCAACUUCCAAGUGCAGUUUUGGCCGUGAUGGAUAACGCACAGGUACUCAAGACAGCAUCCACAAAACGUUGAUCAGUUUCGCCUUUUUGACUAUUUUUUUUUUUAUUUCUUCUACUUUCCAUCCGCUUGCCGACCCAGGUAACCAAUAAGCAGUUAAAAUAGCAUUAAUUCGGCACUAUAUGCGCCUUUACAGCAGGUCUUCAAAUGCUAAUCUGCCGUAUAUGCGCCAUUAGUGCUAAUUAAAUGCAGGUUUUGGCCCAAUAUACGGCUGAUUAAAUGCUUAUCCCUCCUAUCCCCCAGAUUGUCAAAAAUAAAAACAAAUAUUUUCCCCUGCCCAUUUCCCGGCAUCUUUUUCUUUUCUUUUUUCUCACUCUCCUAUGGAACUUUUGAGGCUUGGGGCACGUUCUGAACUGCUGUUGCUGUUUUUUUUUUGCUGCUUUUGGACAAUUUGAGAUUUGAUCCCUCGAUCCUCGGGUUGACGAUGGUGCUGAACCGCGCUACAGGGUAAGCUAUACAUGAUUAGAUAAAGCGCGUUGGAUUUUGGAUCUAUUUAAGGCAAGAGUACUACACCGGUGGCAGUUACUUCGUUGUGUUAUGAGCUCGGCAUGUGCUGAUAAUGAAAUCGAUCAUAGGAAACCAAUCAUGGAAUUAAUUUGUCAAAGCAUGUUUUCCCAUCGUUUUUCUUCGUUGUUACUUAUGAUUGACUGGACAUGAGAAUAAUGAUGGCUUCUACAGCCGUGGCAC